AUGUCAAGAUCUAGCUUCGAUAGCUCCCUUGCGCAUUUCAUCCCUGCGUACCUGCGCUACAGCCAAAAUGAAUCAGUAACUAAUAGCCCUUCGUCGACCAGGAAUCGCGCGCUUUCGAUCCGUUCAGGCGGCAAGUCGAGCAAGGGCGGCUCUGGUACUCAGUUGCCCAGCUUCUCCUUCAACUCGCUUCGUGGCCAGGCUCAGCCUGAACUUUCGCGCAAGCUAUUCAAGUUGAUCAAGUCUGAAAACAACUUGAUUAACGCUCACGAGGCCGCCGGUCGCGAGCGCAUCAACAUUGCAACCCAGCUCUCUGAAUGGGGCGAGCAGACUGGCGAUGACGCCAUCAGCGACAUUUCGGACAAGGUCGGCGUCAUCUUGAGCGAGAUUGGCGAGCAGGAGGACACCUACGCCCACUCUUUGGACGAGUCUCGGGGCCGUCUCAAGUCCAUCCGCAACACGGAAAAGAGCGUCCAGCCGAGUCGUCAUGGCAAGGCCAAGAUUGCCGACGAGAUUGCGAAGCUCAAGAUGAAAGAACCGGAAAGUGCUCGUCUCGUAAUCUUGGAGCAAGAGCUGGUUCGAGCCGAAGCCGAAAAUCUGGUUGCCGAAGCACAAUUGACCAACAUUACUCGCCAGAAGCUCAAGGAGGCCUACGACUCUGAAUUUCUCUCCACCAUCGAGCGCGCAGAGAAGCAAAUCAUUCUGGCGAAACACGGCCGCCGCCUUUUGUCCUUGCUCGACGACACGCCAGUUGUGCCUGGGGAUGCUCGUCGUAACUACGCCGAAGGUACCCAAGCUCGCCAAAUCCUGAACGAUUGCGAAGACGAUCUUCGAGAUUGGAGACCCGACAACGACGAAUACGACGUGUCUGCCGAAGAUGCUACCAGAGUUCACGACAAGCAGCCGGCUCUGGAUGCAGAGAGUAAUACUCAGGCAAAGCAAAGCCAGCCUGCAGCCACGACGACAGCUUGA